UGUGUGCGCGCGCGGACUGUAUAUAACGCAGUGCGGACUCAGACGCUGGUCACGUGACCCUCAGCAGCAAUCAUAUGACCUGCACGCGGAGCUGUGGAGCAGGACAGAGGAGGAAGUUGAGUCUCUGGUUUUGAAACCGUCUUCUCUCGUGAACACACUCGGGCUGUUUCCGUCUCCGUCGUCAGCGGCUGUGUUCGGCUCGCUGAUGUUGUCCUGCGGGCUGCUGCUGUGUUUGCUCGCCGUGCUGCAGCUCGGCUCCUGGGCUCAGUACGCCCCGGACGAGGUGACACAACUGCCGGGUAUGAUGUUCAAGCCCAACUACCGGCAGUGGUCCGGGUACCUGCGAGUAGGACCGGGGAGGUUUUUCCAUUACUGGUUCGUGACCUCUCAGAGGGACCCGCUCAACGACCCUCUGGUGCUCUGGCUGAAUGGAGGCCCAGGCUGCAGCUCGCUGGAUGGAUUGCUGUCAGAGAAUGGACCGUUCCAUGUGAACGAUAACGGGGCCACACUGUAUGAGAACAAAUUCAGCUGGAACAAGAUCGCCAACGUGCUGUAUCUGGAAUCUCCAGCAGGGGUGGGAUACUCCUACUCUGAUGACCACAACUACACAACCAAUGACAACCAGGUUGCUGCUGACAACUAUGCAGCGCUGCAGGGUUUCUUUACCAAGUUCCCAAAUUUCACUCGAAAUGACUUCUUCAUCUUUGGAGAAAGUUACGGUGGAGUCUAUGCCCCAACCCUCAGCCUGCUCGUGGCUACAGGACCUGCCCGGAUCAACUUCAAGGGCUUCGCAGUGGGAAACGGAAUCAGCAGCUUUGCUCUCAAUGACCAAACUUUGAUCUACUUUGGUUACUACCACGGCCUCUUUGGAGACGAUUUGUGGCGGGAUCUGAACAAAAACUGCUGUGAGAAGGGGACUUGUAACUUUCACAACUCCACAUUGGAAUCCUGCAAGGAGCUGGUGAUGGAGGCCUUCGAUAUCGUGUAUAACAGUGGACUGAAUGAAUACGCCCUCUACUUGGACUGUGAGGGUCCCAAUAGAUUCCACAGAGGCUAUGAGAGGAGCAUGAUUCAUCUGUUUAGGAACUACAGGAAACCUCUGCAGAGACACAAGUUUUCAGACAGAGUGACUUCCUCCGUGUCCCUGGGUGAAGUUCCUCCCUGCAUAAAUAGCACAGCACAGAUGAACUGGCUGAACAGGGGCGACGUGAAGAAGGCUCUACACAUUCCUGAUGUACUGCCACCAUGGGACAUCUGCAGUGAUGAUGUUGGAGAGAAUUACACCAACCAGUACCCAACAAUGAAGGAGGUGUAUCUGAAGCUGGUGUCUCUGGGCCUGCGGGCGCUCGUCUACAACGGAGACACUGACAUGGCCUGUAACUUCCUGGGAGACCAGUGGUUUGUGGAGGAUCUCGGCAUAAAGGCGACCACAAAGUACCAGCACUGGAUUCAUGAGGACCAGAUUGCAGGAUUCUACCAACAGUUUGGAAACAUAACCUUCCUCACAGUCAAGGGUGCCGGCCACAUGGUUCCUCAGUGGGCUCCAGGUCCAGCUCUUCACAUGUUCCAGUCCUUCCUAACCAAUGGAUCCUACUGAGACUGUAUAUGUUCACCUGUAGUCUGCUUCAGAUAAACUGAACCCUGAGAUGGGCAGUGUGUUUUUCUGUUGUUCCAGAAUAACUGAUCUGCGUUAGUUCCAUCAAUAUAUAUUUACUCUGUUUAGUGUGAGCCUGGUGAAUGGGGAUUAAAAAACCAUCAUCAGUGGAGCUCUGACAUUGUGAUUUCAAUGAGGUUAAUUGGGGGGGGGGGAAUAAAAGAGCAGAGCUGAGCUGCAAAGGCUAAUGUGUGGCAAUGUACAUUUUGUCUUUAAACACACAGCAGCCUGUGUUGUAGAAAAGAGUCGGUUAACACGGUUAUAUUGUAUUUGGCCUAGUCCACGUAAUUCAACUGCAUUAUUUAGCAGAUUGUAAUUUCCUUAAUGGUUUAUAAACUGUAGGAUUAAAUGUUUGAAACUAUUUAUUCAAAUGUAAUAUGGCAGCACAAGAUUAAAAUGUAGAUCAGUUAUAUAGAUCUGACUGUAACCUCAGUCUGACAGACCCAUGGUUUCAGUGAUUUACAUUCAAACUGACUGUGAAUCUUCAGAUGUUUAUUUUGCAUUUAAAUAUCUUGCACAACUGGGUAACAAACAUUGUCCAGAAGGGAUUCAAAUCUUUCCCCAAAAAUAAACCUCUGCAAAUUAAUGAGCUCUGAUAUCAGCUGUUUACUGAGGGGAUGGAGCACAUUAUCAAACUGCUCUUCUAAGCCCAGCAGGGGGCAACAGAGAGAAACUGUUGAAUAAAGGUCCAGAGAAAGUUGCUGCUGUAACUGACUCGGGGGUUUAAAUGAUUAGUUUCUGAAACAAGUCUCAUCUCGGGGUUCAAGAAUAUUUCAACUAAACCUGUUUUGCACUAUCACUUUUUACAUGGUUGAUCUCAGGAAAGAUGAUUAACAGGGAAAAUUAUUUUUGGGACGUUUAUCACUUUAAUUUUUCAUGCAGUUUAAGCUUUUGUAUGCCUUACCAUUUGUGCGGUUGAUUCUUCUGUGCAUCACUUUGGAUUUUGAGAUGAUUCAAUUGGGAAAAUUGAGCUUUGGGGAUAUUCACAUCUUCAGGAUGGCUACAGUAUUGAUAUUUUCAACAAAUGUAGCUGAAGUGAUUUAAAGGAGAUAAAUGGAAUGGAACCAGUCUGGGUAAACGCUGUAACUUUUUAUUUGUCUUUUUAUUAAAUGUUAUUUUUGAACACA